AUGGCGCUCAGCAUCUGCCUCGCCGCACCCCUCCGUCCCACCCUGGCAGCUCUGUGCCGGGCAGCCCCCAGGCAGCACCGGAGGCUCAGCACCCCCCCGGGACCGGGGCACACGAUUGACCUCGGCGGUAUCUUCCCGCCCCUCGCCACCCCCUUCUCACCCAUGCAGGAGGUGGACUAUGCCCAGCUGGAGAGGAACCUACACCGCUAUGCCAGCAUCCCCUUCCGAGGGCUGGUGGUGCUGGGCUCCAACGGGGAGUACCCCUACCUGGCACCCCACGAGCGGCUGGAGGUAGUGAGCUGCGUGCGCCGUGCUGUGCCCAGGGACCGCCUGCUGCUGGCUGGCUCAGGCUGCGAAUCCACCCAGGCCACCAUCAAGCUCUCGGUCAGCAUGGCAGAGGCAGGGGCCGACGUGGCACUGGUUGUGACACCCUGCUACUACCGGGGGGCCAUGACCAGCGCUGCCCUGGUCCAGCACUACACGGAGGAGCUGUGCCCGGUGCCCACCAGCAGCCCCUGGGGCAGCGGGAUGGAGAGCCUGUCGUGCGCAUCUCUAACUCACCCCAGCUGCUGA